AUGGCAGAGACCGGGAUGGACUCGCAGGACAGCCUGGACUCGCAGGGCAGCAACGUGACGAUUAUCGAAGAGGACCGCGAGGAGAUCCUCUACUUUGCCUACGGCAGCAACCUCUCGACGGCGCAGAUGCUCGACCGCUGCCCGUUUGCCACGGCCAUUGGCCUGGGCUUCCUGCCCGGCUGGCGCUGGCACAUCAACGAGCGGGGUUACGCCAACGUCCUGCCGCCAGCUUCCACCAGCACCGACGACGGCGGCGGCGGCGUCUACGGGCUGCUCUACCUGCUGCCGCCGCGCGACGAGGCCCGGCUCGACGGGUUCGAGGGCGUCGCCUCGGGCGCGUACGGCAAGGUGCACCGCACGCUGCGCUGGGUGCGCGACGCCGACGGCAAGCCCCUCCCCGGAGCCGCCGGCCAGGAGGUCCAGGCGCUCGUGUACGUCGACGACAAGCGGACGGGGCCCGGCGUGCCGCGCGACGAGUACGUGCGCAGGAUGGAGAGGGGCAUCGACGACGCCGUCCAGAAUUGGGGCAUGGACGAGGGGUAUGCCGACAGGGUCAUGCGCAAGUGGUGGAAGACGACGGCGGCUGCGCUUGGGACAUAG